AUGGGGAAUAGCAUGGUGGUUGAUUGGAAUGAUUAAUUAAAAAAUUAAUUCAUUAAAGAUAAAUGCAUUGAACAUGAUCUUUUAGGAUCUAUUGAAAUAUAUACAUAUAUUCCAGAUGAUUAAGUCAAGAUUUUUAGUAACAAUUUUUAUAACAAUCUAGGCAAGACACUCUAGCUUAUGGAUUAAUAAUACUUUAUAGAGAAGACUAAAUUAAAUCAUCCUAAUUUAUUUCGAGCUUUGUUUAUUGAAAAAUGCUCAAAUUUUUGUAGUCGUGAUCAAGAUAGAUAUAGAAUUUAUUAUGAUUAUCCUGGAGAAGAGACUUUGGAAACAUUAAUGAAAAAAAAGUAUUUUUGUCUAUAAUGAUUGAAAAGGUAAAAACCCUUCUAUGAAUCAGCCAUUUGGAGCAUCAUUUUUUAAGUAGUUGAUUGUGCUGAAUAUCUUUAAAACUAAUUUAAAUCAAUUAGUAAUAUUAGCCUAAAUACAUUAUAUCCAAAAGAAAAGAAUCUCAAAAUAUUAGUAAAUCUUAUAUAAAAAUUUAGGAAGUGAAUCAUCUCUUUAAUAUAAUUUCUUCUUAUGAUUAAGCUUUAUAAAAUUGCAUUUCAAUCUUAUCCCCAGAAUAAAUAGAUCAAUUAGAAAGAAAUGUUCGUUUUCCAUAAAUAAAUAAUUUUAAAAGUGAUGUUUAUGCUUUUGGAAUAGUUUUACUAUGUUUAACUACAAAAAGUGAUUUCAAAUCAUUUUACAAUUAAUUUAAUUAAUUGGAAAAGAAUAAUAUUUUUUAAAGUUUAUAAACUAUUAAAAUUAAUUAUUCAGAAUUGCUAUAAGGUUUAAUAUAAAAGAUGUUAAUUGAUGACCCAGAAGAAAGAUAAUCUUGGAUAGAUUUAAAAGUAUUCAUAUAUGAUAAUUUAUAGAAAUUCUUAGAUCCAUACAAAUUAUUAUAAGAAUAAGAAUAGCCAUUUUAUUUAGAUGUCAAACUUUGUCCAUAAAUAACACCUUAAGUACCUCUUGUUCAAAGUCCUCAAAAAAAUUAAAUCAAUCAAUUUAUUCCUAAUCAACCUUAAAUUGUAAAUUUAACCUAAUCAAACUUACAAACACUAUGGUUACCAGGUGUAUCUAAUAAUAAUUAAAUCUAACAUAUACAAUAGGGUUAUUAAUCCAACAUAAUUUAUGGUUCAGAGUAUUCUCCUUAAUUAAUGAACCCUUAAUAACUUAUUUAUAAUCAUAAUGCCUUAACCAACUAUUAAUCUCCUUAAAUUAACAAUUAAGGAAAUAAAUUUAUUUAAUAAUCACCAGGAUCUUAAAAAGGAAUAGAUUAUGUUUAACCGACAUUAAACAUUAGAUAGGAAUGA